AUGGCGUCGUCAACUUGGAAUGACAGCAUGGGAACCUGUAGCAGCAGCAGUAGCAUCAGCGACUACAUCCCCUCUGUCAACGCCAUGCUCCGCUUCUCCACCUUCUUCAUGGUCUUCGGCAACAUCAUCCCCAGCGCGAUUCGCGAAGCCAUUGGCGACUGGCUCCACGGUCUCUUCUCGCGCAUCUUCUUCGACUCCGAGUUCACCUUCAACAUCGAGGACACGUGGCAGCACUUCCACAACGAGACAUACCGCGCCGUCGGCGUCUACCUCCCGACCAGAAUCGGGCCGUCGACGGCCAGCCUCGUCAUCGGCCACAACGACCACAACGACAUCAUGGCCCCCGUCCAGCCGGCCAUCGCGGUGGGCUCCACAAUCGUCGACCACUUCCAAGGCCAUCGCUUCGAGUGGGUUCUCUGCGAGAAGAACGAAAACCCCGGCAGCUUUAACAACAGGAAGAAGAGGUGGUACAAGCUCAAGUGCAGGAAGAAGAACAGAGAGUUCGUCACUGAAACGUACAUCCCGCACGUGUGCCGCGCCGCCGACGAGAUCAUCAAGGAGCGCGACGGCCUCAGCAUCUUCACUUACAACAGGGACGACGCGUAUUGGGACGCCACCGUCUUCAAGCACCCCUCCACUUUCGAGACUCUGGCUAUGGACCCUGCACAGAAGCAGGAGAUUAUUAGCGACCUCGAUCUUUUCGUUCAGCGCAAGGACUUUUUCAGGAGCGUUGGGAGGGCCUGGAAGCGUGGGUAUCUUCUCUACGGACCCCCUGGGACUGGGAAAUCGAGCCUUGUCGCCGCCAUUGCAAAUCAUCUCAAGUUUAAUGUGUAUGAUCUUCAGCUUCAGAGCGUGAAAUCCGACUCGGAUCUUCGAACCGUGCUUACCGCUACCACGAAUCGAUCGAUUUUGCUGCUUGAAGAUGUCGACUGCAGCAGCAAGAGCACAGAAACUAGUAUUUUCCAAGGAGGAAGAGGAUAA